CCUCUAUUGGGCCACUCCGCUUCUGGUUCCCUUCCAUUCUGCCCAUUGCCUGAUCUCGCUCCUCGUUUCUCGGACUCCCAAGCGCUCCGCUAGGGUUUCAAGGUACCAUCUCCCACUGCUCGGCGGCCGACUCCGAUGCGGUUCUUCCUCUCUGAGGAGGAGUUCCGGCUCCUCUCAGAUGACGCUGCAGCGGUAGCGGAGCGCGCUGAGUCUGCCCUCCGCGACCUCCACCGCCAAGUCGACACCGUACGGGCGGAGUCCGACGCCGCCUCCAUUGCGGCGGAGCAGAACUGCGCUCUCCUUGAGCAGCGCUACGAGGCGCUUUCGUCUGACUUGGCGCGGGUUCAGGCCGAGAACGCUCAGCUCUCUGAGUCACUCGAGCAGAGGCUCUCGGAGAUCGCCGCAGCGCUAGCCGAGAAGCAUCAGCUUCACAUUAAGGCCAUUGCUAAAGACGGAGAUAUUGAGAGAUUGUCAUUAGAAGCUCAGGAACUUGGCAAGUCUAAACAGCAUUUGCUGGAUUUGCUGGAGCAGAAGGAUGCAGAAAUCAGAGAGAAAAAUGCUACAGUGCAGAGUUACUUGGACAAGAUUAUUAAUAUGACGGAUAGUGCUACUGAGAAGGAGGCUAGACUAUUAGAUCUAGAAGCAGAAUGUUCACGUUGCAAGGCUAUAUGCAUUCGUGUUAACCAGGAGAAAGAGCUUAUUGAAAAGCACAAUGCUUGGCUUAAUGAGGAAUUGAGUACAAAAGUUAACAGUCUUAUUGAAGAGCGAAAAACACAUCUGGAAGUUGUGGCAGAUAUGUCUGCCAAACUUUCCGAGUAUGAGAGACAGAUUAAUGAAUGUUCUAGUUCAUUGAAACACAGUACUGAAAGGGUAGGCGAAUUAGAGCUCAGAAAUGCCUCUAUUGAGAAGGAACUUUUCUCAUCUAAGGAUGCUGCGGCUGCCAAGGAAGAACAACUUAUUUCUGAACUGGCAACUGUUAGAAAACUUGCUGAGCUACACAAAGAACGAUCUGAGGAAUGGUCCAAAAAAUCUGGAGAGCUUGAGGGUGUUAUUAAAGCAUUGGAGUCACACCUCUCUCAACAUGAAAAUGAAUACAAAGAUAAACUUGAAAAGGAAUCUUCACUAAGGAAAAAUAUUGAGAAGGAUGCUGCUGACAUGAAAGAAAAAUUAGAGAAAUAUGAAGCUGAACUUGAUAGGGCAAGAAAAUCUAAUGAAUUAAGUCUUGUUCCAUCCAGUUUUCAUUCAGAUUCAAGCUUAGAAGUUCUACCAGUUGCACAAACAACCACUAGUGAGAACAACCAUAUUCUUGUCCCUAAGAUACCUUUUGGUAUUUCUGGAACAGCAUUAGCGGCUUCUCUUCUACGAGAUGGCUGGAGUCUUGCUAAGAUGUAUGAGAAAUACCAAGAAGCUGCUGAUGCUCUGCAGCAUGAGAAAUGGGGCCGGAAAAAUGCAGAAGCUGCUUUGGAACGGGUUCUACAUGAAAUAGAAGCAAAGGCUGAAAUGAUUUUAGAUGAACGGGCUGAACACGGGAGGAUGAUUGAAGCCUACAAUUUGAUGAAUCAAAAGCUGCAGCAGUCAUUGAUAGACUAUGAUAACUUUGAGAAUACAAUAAGGAAUUUGAAGGCUGAGUUGAGAAAGCACAAGCGUGAUAAUUUAAUUGCACAGAAGCAAAUAACUGAUUUUGAGAAGCAGGUAACAAUACUCUUGAAAGAAUGCCAAGAUAUACAAGUUCGCUGUGGUGUUACUUCAUUUUAUGCUGACAAUACUCUUAUAAGCUCAGUCAACAUUGACGAUCCUGAUGUUGGAAGGUCAACUUCUGAAUACCCAGUUUCUUUUAAGGACAUACAUGGACUAGUAGAGCAAAAUGUCCAACUUCGUGGUCAGGUGCUUAGCCUUUCCACUGAGAUAGAAAAUAAGGAAGUAGAUCUAAAGGAUACGUUCGAGUUCCAGCUCCAAAAGAUCACUGCUGAGGCAACAAGUAAGGUUGAAACGGUGCUUAAAAGGUCUGAAGAACAGAAUCAGAUGAUUGAAUCUCUUCAUGGUUCUGUUGCUAUGUAUAGAAGAUUGUAUGAAGAAGAGCAGAAGAUGCACACAUCUACUAAUGCAAGCACUGGAAAAUUUGAAGAAGAUGGAAAGAAGGAUCUUAUGCUUCUAUUUGAGGGUUCCCAGGAUGUUUCGAAAAAGGCAUAUGAGCAACUUGCAGAACGUGCUAAGAAUCUUGAGGAGGACUUGGCAAAGUUCAGGAGUGAAGUUGCACUAUUGCGAUCAGAACGCGAUAAGAUGGCCCUGGAAGCUAUCUUUGCUAAAGAUCAGCUUGAUGAUUUGAAAAAAGAAAUUGAACGCCAGAGGAAUGAGGCUAAUGUUGGCUCAACUAGAAAUUUGGAAUUAACUCAGCUAGUGGUUGAUUUCCAAAAGAGACUUCGAGAAUCUUCUAAUUCUGUACAAGAAGCUGAGGAGAAUGCAAGAAAACUAUCCAUGGAGGUGUCCAUUCUGAAGCAUGAAAAAGAGAUAAUUAGUAACUCAGAGAAGAGAGCAUUAGAUGAAAUUCGCAAUUUAUCAGAGAGAGUGCAUCGUCUUCAGGCUAGCCUUGACACAAUUCAAAGUUCAGAAGAGGUUCGGGAGAAUUCAAGAGCCAUUGGAAUGAAAAAGCUGGAGGAAUACUCAAAACGGGUAGAGAGAGAGUGGGCAGAAGCUAAGGGCGAACUUCAAGAAGAACGGGAUCGUCUUCGUGUAUUAACAAAUGACAAGGAAAAUAUACUGGAGACUUCAAUAAAACAAUUUCAAGAAAUGAAGAAAGAAUUAGCUGACGCUUGGGGGGCUGUUGCUUCUGCUGAAUCUAGAGCUGCAGUAGCUGAGGCUAGAUGCUCUGAGUUUGAAUUAAGGAUGAAGACUGCUGAAGAAAAGGUUGGCAAGGGGGAUAACAUAUAUGAGCAUCGAGUGUUUUCUCCAAACGAGGAUACUGGAGACAUUAGGAGAGUCAGAGAGGAAUUAGAAAGAUUGAGGGAGGAGGCACGCGCAAACAAGGAUUAUAUGAUUCAGUACAAAGAAAUAGCGCACACGAACGAAAUCGCUUUGAAGCAAAUUGAAUCUGCAUAUGAGACAUACAAAAUAGAGGCAGAAAGUGUGAAAAAGGCAUUAGAUGAUGAAGUUUUCUCUCUCAAGGAUAAGGUAUCUGAGCUUGAGAAAAAAUAUGUAUUGAAGUGUGAAGAGAUUCUCUCUCUUACUGAAGUGAAAGAUAGGGAAAUCUCAGCUCUUUUUGCUGAAACUUCUGAUCUUAGGAUGGAAAUUGCUCAAAAAGUGACUCAAAUAGAUGCACUGGAAACACAACUAUCUUCUUUAAAAGGAGAUCUAGACAGGGAACAUGAACGCUGGCGAACCACUCAGCACAACUAUGAAAGGCAGGUUAUUCUUCAAUCUGAGACAAUUCAGGAGUUGACUAAAACAUCUAAUGAGUUGUCUUUGAUGCAAUGUGAAAUCGCAAAAUUGAAAGAGGUUUCAGAUAUGCAGAAAAGUGAAAAUGAGAUCCUAAAGUCAUCUUGGGAAAAUGAUAAGACAACAUUAAAUGCUAUGAAGGAUGAAGCUGAAAAAAAAUACAAUGAAUUGAAUGAACAAAAUAAAAUAUUGCAUAGUCAGCUGGAGUCUCUCCACAUCAGAUUUGCUGAAAAAGAGCGCAAUUCUGCUGGACUUUCCUCCCAAUCUGUGGAUUUGAAAGCUGAGAGUGACUUGCAUAAUGUUAUCACCUAUCUUCGCCGCUCAAAAGAAAUAGCAGAGACAGAGAUAACUUUGUUAAAGCAGGAAAAGUCACGACUUCAAGCUCAACUUGAUUCUGCUCUUAAGGCUUCUGAGGCAGCUAAAGAGCUUCUCCACUCUAGACGUGAGAAUAAUAGAGCACUUAUGUUUAAUGAUGAAGAAUUUAAGGCUCUGCAGAUUCAGAUAAGAGAAAUAAAUUUGCUUCGUGAAAGUAAUGUGCAACUUCGCGAGGAGAAUAAGCACAAUUUUGAGGAAUGCCAGAGAUAUCGUGAUGAAGCUCAAAAAGCCAGAGUAGAUGCUGAAACAUUUGAAAACCUUCUAAGAGAGAAGCAGUUGCAGUAUGAAUAUUCCCAGAAUGAUGUUAACAUACUGAGAAUUGAGAUAAACCACCUAAAUAAUAGAAUUGCUGAGUUGGUUGAUUAUUCUAAAAAUAUUGAUCCUGAGGAGUAUAAGAAGAUGAAAAGUGAAGUUGAGCAAACAAAGGUGCUACUGAAGAAAUUUGAGAUGGAGAUUGAACCGAUAAAGAAACUUGUUUCAGACAAGCAAGAAAUUAUAUCCAAAUUGACAGAAAACCUUGCGAAAAGUGAGCUUGAUUUAGCUGAAAAGGAGAGAAGAAUUAAUGAUGCUGUUCAAAUCGAAGGAACUAUCAAGACGGAAAGUGAAAGACAAAAGAAAUAUAUCUCUGUUUUGAAGAAGAAAAAUGAAAAUAUAACAAAAGAGAAUGUGGAGCUGAACCAGGAAAAAGAAACACUUCUAAAAGAGAUAGAAGAGUUUAAAUCUGCCCGGAAAACCCCAGGUGAAACAUCAAUUGAACAGGCUACAAAAGAAAAGGACACAAGGAUACAGAUGUUAGAAAAAAUACUGGAAAGAGAGAGGGAGGAAAACAAGAAAGAGAAACAAAAACGGCAGAACACAGAGAAGAAAAUAUUUGAAGUUAUUCAGAGAGUUAGUAAGGAAAAGAAGUCCUUAACUGAGGAACUUUCAAGGCACAAACUUGCUGUUGAGGUGUUGAAGUCUGGUGCAGUAGCUACUUCACAACUCCCUUCCGAGUCCACAUUGAUCGAACAAUAUGAUCAGUACAUUCAGGCUGCUACUCAACUCGAAAAUGCUUCAGGUUCCAUGGCUGACGAUGGGCUGGGAAAUCCUCCUGUCCCAGUUACAGAGACAUCUGCUUCUGAGGCAUCUGUCUUUCCUUCUGUGCGACAAGUUCCUGUUCAGGUGGCCAGGCCCUUGACUUCUCCAGUUAAAUCUGCUGAGGAAAAGGAGAAAGGGCCUGUCAUUGGGAGACCAACAACUGCAGCAACUCGAAAGAUACCUGCGAGGAAGUUAGUCCGCCCACGUCUUGAGCCUCCUGAAGUGCCUCAAGGUGAUAACAGUGCAUCUGGUAUGGAAGGUUCUGCACCGACAGAAGAUGACAAAGCUGGUGCAUCUCAUGAACCUGAACCUUCUAGUGACAUUUUGGUGGGGCAUUCCAUAUCUUCUAGCCGCAAAAGUUUGUCCUCAAUGUCAGAGCAAAAAGAUGACGUUCUCUCAAAAGAUGAAGUUGGUGCUGAUGCCGUGCCCCUGCCAACAAAAAAAGAUUCUGAUGCAGUACAAGAUUUGAUUUCAUUGGCACAGCCAGUGCCGCCAAAUCACAAACGCCCGAUCUCAACAACAGAAGAUGAAAUUGAUACUGCUGCUGCUGCUCCACCUCUAAAGAAGUCAAAAGACACUGAUAUGCUGCAAGAUGUCUCUCAAGAUCUUAUUGAUGAGAAAACCAUCUUGUUAUCUGCUGAGGAUGAACCAGCAGAAACUUUGUUGCCAUCUUCUUCUAAUGUGUCUGAUUUACAGUCACCUUUGGAGGACAUGGAAACCGAUCAGGUUCCUGCAUUGCCUAACGAAGAGAUUGUUGAUACCAUGGAGGAAGAUGAUUCUUUUGCUAGGGAAGAACAAGUGGAGCAGCAAAACACCUUGGAUGAAUCAACUCACAAAGAUGAAAUUCAAGGUGAAGAGGAGACAGCUCCAGAAGAUUUUCUUGACAAUUCAAAAGAAGCAUGUGAGUUAUUGGAUGACAGCGUAAAGAAUGAGGGUGUAAAAGAAAUAUCACAGCCACCCCCUACAGAUGAGGAUGACAGAGAAGAGGGGGAGCUCCCUGAUGAACCUGAAGAGCAGCAAGAGGGUGGCAGAUUAGGGGAAGGCCAGCGUGAGUCAACUCCCAGUGAUGGUGCUGGUUUGGGUGAUGAAGCUGGAUUCUCUAUUGAUACCGUGCCACCUGAUCAAAGUGGCAUUGGCGAAGCUACAGAUGAGGUUCCAAGCCACAACAAUGAAGAUCAGUUUGCUCCUGAUAGUUUACAAAAUACUCUCGCGUUAUCUUCUGCUACACGUGAGGGUUCACCUAGUUCCACUUUGGUCUCUGCAUUGGCACAGCAGCAAAUUGCUAGUAGCACUGCAGACACAGAUGAGUCAAGAGUAGGAAGUGUCAUAUCCAUAGCUCAGAGAGCCAAGGAGAAUGCUCAACUGCGACAAGCUGGAAUUGCCACCCAAACAUCUGCUAGUAGAGGCCGAGGCUGGGCUGCUGGUGGCCACAGAGGCACUCGAGCAAUGCCGCGUGCUAGACGAGGUCGAGGUGGUCGUGGGCAGGGAUUUGGUGAACAGUGAGGUGUACGACAUCAAUUGGAAUUCUUUUGGAAUGUCUCUGUAGCGGUACAAAAGUCAUGUAUAAACUGACAUUUUUUGCCCCCCUAGACAUUGACCCUCCAGUAAUCCGAUGAAAAAUUCAUGCAAAUCACGAAGAGCCGUUCUUUGUAUAUGCUUCAUUUUUUGCGAUGUAUCUUACUAGUAUUUUAGAAGUUUUCAUGGAGUUUGUCUAUCGUACUAAUAUUUCACA